AUGUCGGAGGUUGAGCUCGAGAAGUUGUUGGACGAUUGCAGGCGAUUAAACACAAAGUUCAAAGAGAGCGAUGCUUUCGUCGUCGAAUUGAUGGGGAUGUCGACUAAAGUAACACAGAAACAACGCAUGAUCUUUAAUCAUAAAUGGUUUUUGGACGACAUUUUUAUGGAUAACGAUGAUGGAACACAACGUCGACGCCUGUUAGACGAGUUUAACGAUGAGUAUUACAAAACCGAGCUUUUUAUAGAGAGAAAUGCUAUUUUGACAGACAAUCUUACGGAAUGCCUUGAGGUUGUAAAUGAAAUACAGGAAAGAAACAGGAUACUUGUCGAGACUUGCAAAUCAGAAAGUGCAUUUGUCGAAAAAGCGAACAUAGGAUUUGCGUCCGAGGAAAAUUUUGGUUAUGAGCAUGCAGAGAUCAAGGACACGAUGAGGAAAAUAGCCGAUUAUGUUGAAAACGUCUUAGCUUCAGGAGAAGCUGAAAUGCGGAUUUAUUUUGAGCAAUACGCUCGAGAUAUAACCUAUGUAAAAGGAAUAAAAGAGGCAAUUCGGCCUACACAACUUGCUCACUUCAAUAAGCUGUCCGCAGAAGGACGUUCUGUUAUCUUUCCAUUACUUUCAAAUGAAAUGCAUUUCAAAGAAGACGAUGCAAUUUCUCAACCGAGCUCGUUGGAGGUCACCCAAUUUGAAGUGACCGAACCGGUUCUAGAUCUUGAGUCAAGUGAUGAUGAUGAACAUAACGAACAUAACCAAACCGUCGAGAGUAUUAUUUAUGUGCCGGAUAAAAAGAACUGU